AUGAUCCGCACAGACAAGGACGAGUUCUUCAUCGAACCUCUGGAGAAGGGGGCCCAGGAGGAGGAGGAGGGAGCAGGCAGGACGCACGUGGUCUAUCGCAGAGCAGCUGCCAAGAGGCAGCUUCCGAUGGAGGACACGGAUACCCUGUAUAAAGCGGCUAACCUCACUAAUUUGGAUAGUCUCAACAGCGCAUUGAGCUUCAUUGAAGACCGGGUGCACAGAUCGAGGCAGCGCUAUCGAAGGCAUGCGACGGACGAUGAUUACAACAUUGAAGUCCUUCUGGGGGUUGAUGACUCAGUUGUUCAGUUCCAUGGGAAAGAACAUGUUCAGAAGUACCUGCUGACCUUGAUGAAUAUUGUUAAUGAGAUUUAUCAUGAUGAGUCCUUGGGUGCUCACAUUAACGUUGUCUUGGUGAGGAUAAUCCUGCUGAGCUACGGCAAGUCUAUGAGUCUGAUAGAAAUUGGGAACCCUUCGCAAAGUCUGGAAAACGUGUGUCGCUGGGCCUACCUGCAGCAGAAACCUGACACGGGGCAUGCAGAAUAUCAUGACCAUGCUAUCUUUCUCACAAGGCAGGAUUUUGGUCCAUCGGGCAUGCAAGGCUACGCUCCAGUCACUGGGAUGUGUCACCCUGUUCGAAGCUGCACUCUCAACCAUGAAGAUGGUUUUUCAUCUGCAUUUGUGGUGGCUCAUGAAACUGGACAUGUUUUAGGCAUGGAGCACGACGGCCAAGGGAACAGAUGUGGGGAUGAAGUCCGCCUGGGGAGUAUCAUGGCUCCGCUCGUGCAAGCUGCGUUUCAUCGCUUCCACUGGUCUCGUUGCAGCCAGCAAGAGCUGAAUCGAUAUCUCCA